UUUAUUAUACUCUCUUCACUCUCCACUCUCCACUCUUCUUCUUCAUCCUCAUCCUUCUAUUCUCUUCUUUCUCUUCCUUUGAACCAACCACCCUUAGCUUGCUUUUAUCCGUUCCUCUUUUUUCAUCAGUUUAACACUUUCCUCACUCAAAUUCAAAAAGAAACCAAAAAGAAAUUAAACACAAAAACAUCUUUAUUCUUAUAUAUAUUCCCUUCCUUUACAUAUAUACUCUUCACACAUAUAAACACUUUCUUUUUCUUACUCUUUUCGCGUGUGUGUGUGUGAGUGAACAACAUGGGACUCUCCGAGAAGGCGGCGCAAGUAGACGGAGGAUUCGACUCAGAUCACAGUAACAGAAAAUGGGUCAUCGCUGGAAUCUCUUUGCGUGCACCAUUGAAGCCAAUAAACACCACUACCCUUGACAUUGACAGGGAUCAGAAAGAAGAAGAAGCAGAGACAGGAGCAGAAGCAGAGGAUGAAUGUACAACAACCCCAACAAGUGUUGAAUCAAGAAUCCCAACAAUAUUAACGUGCCCACCUGCUCCAAAGAAGAAGCGAAAACCUUCUUCAAAGUGCAAUAAUUUUCGUGGUGUUGGUGUUAUCAGAGAGUUCUUCAACCCACCUGACUUAGAAACCGUCUUCAUCCGCCAUGUUAGUUGAGAAUUAAAAUCAUCAAUCUUAGACCUACCUACCUAGCAUUUCAUUCUGUUAUGUCUACCUUACUUCUCCUUAGUCCUAACUAGAGGAUCGGAGAUUAGGACUAUUCUGUAUAGGGAAAAAGAAUUAAUUAAUAAAAAUUGUAUCUUAAUUAA